AUGACCGUAGAAGUGGUGGCUCGGCUUUCUAAUUUGCCGACCACAAUGACGGAGGCGCACAUCCGUGAGUUGAUUGAACCAUUUGCGAAGAUCCGCAAAGUGCACAUGCCCACACCAGUGCUGUGGCUUACGUGUCCAAGUGGACGAGCGGAGGUGACGGGCGAUACGGUAGAAGACACAAAGUUGGUGUAUGUUCACAUCCACGGAACUGUUAUUGAUGGCAAUCGCAUUAACGUCUCGUUUGCCAAAUUGGAUGAUGCCCCACCACCACCCGUAGAUGUGCAGAGAUUACAGGCAGAUCGCCGUGAGCGAACACACAGAUCACGUAGUUUGAGUGAUGAGCGACAACAACAACAACAACAACAACAACGACGAGGAGGAGGAGGAGGAGAUAAUUAUCGCAACUAUCAUCAUUCCCCAUCACAUCCCCAACGAUCUCAACAGGAACAAGAAUACAAACAACCAUCACAACAAACCCAAUCUCAAACAACUCAACCGUUACCACCACAAAGAAGACGAAGGCGGGAAGUAAGUCAAGAUUACCGCGGUAGAAAGUAUGAAAGACGUCGUACUUCACGUCGAUCCACUUCUCCACGGCGGCGUCGGCAUUACUCUGCCUCAAGUUCACGGCGUAGUAGUAGCAGGAGUAGUAGCAGGAGCUCAAGUAGAAGCAGAGGGGCACCAAGACGACGCUCACAUUCACCUUCUUCACAUUUCAGCUCAAGUAAGUACAGUCGAUCACGUUCACCAAGUUGGAGAUAA